UGGCCUUCGGGAGGCAGCGGAGCCCUGCCCAGCGCUUCGCUUCCUUCCCCUUCCUUCCAUCCACCCGUCCGCCUACCGGGCAGCCCAGCGAGAGGGAGCGGCUGGAAGCGACGAGCGCCAUGGCCUGUCUCACCAUCUACAGCACUUCGGUGACCGGCUCUCGGGAGAUCAAAUCCCAGCAGAGUGAAGUGACCAGGAUCUUGGAUGGAAAGAAUGUCAAGUACAACCUGGUGGAUAUCUCCCAAGACAAUGCCCUUCGGGAAGAAAUGAGGACCAAGUCAGGCAACCCCAAAGCCAUUCCUCCCCAGAUUUUCAACGGGGACCACUACUGCGGGGACUACGAACUGUUUGUGGAAGCGGUCGAACAGAACACCCUGCAGGAAUUCCUGAAGUUAGCCUGAGCUUGCUUCUUCCCUGCCCCACAUGACAACCAUCCAGGAUUUGGAAAUUCUGCAUUCCAGAUGGAUCACCUCCUAAGUGAUUGUCAGCUCUGUGCGACCAACCUCUUCUCCAACUGCCUCUGAAUUGCGUUUCCUCUUUCACUGUGGUCUCCAAAAACCGGCUGGUUCCUUUGAAUGUAGCUGGGCCUGUCUCCUCCUGCCUAUGGCGGUAGACUGAUGUUAAUCUUCUAAUUAAGGACCUUGGAAAGCAGAGCUUUCCCCUACUUUUCUGUUCCCCCUUUUCUUUUUCAAGCUCAGACGGCCCUUAGUAUUAAAAGGGAAGAGCUGGUUGCUUCUUAUCACCAUACGUCCUUCAAUGUGCAAAAUGUCAGUUCCUGUAGUUCAGGGGUUCUCAACCUUGGCAACUUUAAGACUUGUGGACUUCAAUUCCCAGAAUUCCUCAGCCAGCUUUGCUGGCUGAGGAAUUCUGGGAGUUGAAGUCCACAAGUCUUAAAGUUGCCAAGGUUGAGAACCCCUGCUGUACUUCCUCUUUCAUUCUAACCCAGGAAAGAGAACAGCAGAUAUCUGCUCUUAGUGAGAUUACUCGUGUCUAGCAAUGCAAAAAGUGCUCCUGUUGCCUUCUCUGCCAGUGGUUAGUGGGGUGAGCAUGUGUAUGUAUCUCUCUUAAAACAUGGUGAUGUAGCUCAGCCUUUCUUAAAGUGGUUUUUGAGGGGGUGGCGAGAACAUUCCUCCGAGUCCAUUAGUGCUUUUUUCCUUAUGUUCCAACUGGCAAUGGAAAACUCUUUCCUGCUUCCCCAAGAGGGGAAAGUAAUUUCCACUCUAUUCUGGCCUCAGCUGUUUCAUGCUUCCCCUUUCUUGGAACUGGCUUUUUGCAAACUUGGACCAAGUGCAUUUUCUUUCUUUUCUUUUUUUUUAUUAUUUCUGAAAGCAAAAUUUAUAAACAGCCAUGUUUUUGUUAAGAUGCCAUUAAAUAUUGCUAAAAACCUCCA